CCAAAGCUCAGGAGCACUGUCCACCCGGACCGUUUACAGCGGGAAACCGGAAGAAAACAAAUGAAAUGUUUCUGUUGCAAUAUUGCAGCAUGAUUUUUAGCCCAAUGAACUGCAUACUUACAUCGAUUAGUGAUUUAGACACAGGGGAGUUAGCCGAUCUCGCUGGAUAGUGAACGAAAUGUCAGCUGUUCCUCCGCAAAACCUGAUUGAUGAAUGGACAAGCGUGCAGGCCAGCCUGAAGCAGCAGCUGGUGGAAGGGGAUACCGAGGAGUGGCAGAGGGCUCCAGACUUCAAGGGGCUGGAGCGAGUGGGCGGAGUGGACCUGUCCUUCAUCAAGGGGGACGACGUCAAUGCCUGCGCCCAGCUGGUGGUGCUCAGCUUCCCGGAGCUGGAGCUGCUGUACGAGGACUGCCGGAUGGUGACCCUCAGCGCCCCCUACGUCGCCGGGUACCUGGCGUUUCGGGAGACGCCCUGCCUGCUGGAGGCCCUGCAGCGCCUGGAGAGGACGCAGCCCGCCCUGAUGCCCCAGGUGCUCUUUGUGGAUGGGAACGGGGUGUUCCACUACCGGGAGUUCGGGGUGGCCUGCCACCUGGGGGUGCUGUCCGGUCUGCCGUGCGUGGGCGUGGCCAAGAACCUGCUGCAGGUCCAGGGCGUCGUCAGGAGCGAGGAGCACCUGACCCAGAUCAGUGAGCUGAAGAAGGGCGGGGACUCCUUCCCCCUGAAGACUGCGUCAGGGAGAGUCCUGGGGGAGGCCCUGCGCAGCUCGGACGCCAGCACCAAGCCCGUCUACGUGUCGGUGGGUCACCGGAUCAGCCUGGACACGGCCGUGCGCCUGACCCAACGCUGCUGCCGGUACCGGGUCCCAGAGCCCAUCAGACAGGCAGACAUACGCUCGCGGGAGUACCUGCGCACCCACUGUCCAUCUGCGCACACCUGUGGAUAGAGGAGGCAGCACCGGUAAAGGGGGAGCAGUUCGGGCACGCGUGGGGCCUGUGCCCCUGACCCGCACCGAGCUACGGGGUGGGAAAGAGUCACCCGGGCAUCGGCUCCCCGAGUCCACGAACCCCGCGAACCCCGAAUAUCACUCUCUGCUGGUGCUGCUGGUGCAGACGUUCACAGUGGGAGGAACGGGAGCGGACGAGAAGAGGAAGAGCAGAAAGAAAAGAGUAGCGGGUUUCUCUCUGAACAGCCGGCUGAUUCGUUUUAGGAUCAGCCCCAGUUUCACAGCAUCUGUUCGCUGUUUGCUUUCAAGUUUAAAAUCUCAGUCCUUUUUUUUUUUUUUUUUUGAGCUUAUCAAAUUUUCAUGACAAUUCGCUUUGCAAGUGUAUAUGCACAUGUAAUACUUUUUUUAAAUAAAAAAACGUGUGAU